CCCACCUGUUACAUAACCCCACUUCCACUUCACAUGAACUUCACAUGAACGACACAAAUCGAAUCAACACUGGAAGGUCUGAAUCUACAACAUUCAAACACAAAAUCUUUCUUCAGAAACAGGUUGUCUGGUUUGGUUUUUAAGGAUCCUGGAGCAAUGUCAGCUGUCAUGAAUGGUACUAAGUGUUUGUACAGUUUUAAAAUCGUAAUGAUAGGUGAAGAUAAUGUGGGCAAGUCGUGCAUGCUGUAUCGAUACAUAAAUGGCUCGUUUCCAGAGACAAUAAACUGUACCAUGGGAGCGGACUUCACAAGGCACAUCCUAGAAGUGGAGCCUGGGGUGAGAGUACAGCUACAGAUUUGGGAUACGACUGGUAAUAAAGCGUUUUGGAACCAUCAGCUUGUCCAGUUUUACAUUGCUCAGUCAGCUGGAUGCCUGCUGGUGUUUGACCUGGGCAAUCGUGAGACUUUCAGUUUCAUUAAGCGUCAAUACACAGAGGUGUGUAAUACAGUGAAUCCAUACACUGUCCUCUUUGUACUCGUGGGACACAAGUGUGAUAUAACAGAGCGGGAAGUGAAUCAUGAGGAGGUGGAACAGUUCGCAAGUGAAUUGGGAGCGCCGUACAUCGAGACCUCAGCCAGAACAGGUCACAAUGUGGCAGAAGCUUUUGAGCUUUUAACCCAACGCAUUUAUCAGGGCUAUCUGAGUGGAGAAGUGCGCUUACAUGAAAGCUGGGGCAAGAUUCAUGAAAACAAGACCAACAAGGAUGAGCCAACUGAAAACGGCAAAUGCUGUGUCUCAUAAAUCGAUACGAGACUGCAUUACAUUUCCGUUGAUGGCCAUUUGAAGUAGCCAUGUAUUUUGACAAAAUAAAAAAUAUUUAAGACAUAAACCACUAUAAAUCACAAAUACAUUUUAUUAUAUUAAAGUAGAUGUUGUGCCAGUGAUACGUUUCUUUUAA